AUGGUGGCUCCUGCGGGGCUUCAGAAGGCAGGCACCGCGCGCGCCCGCCAGCACCAUUCCAGCCUCGAACGUCUGCACACUCCGGCCAUCCGCCCGGGCGGCGGCGGCGGCGGCUGCAGCGGGGGAGGGACAAGGGCGACGAGGCGGGCGACGGCACCGGACAGGGCUGGACGGGACGGGGGCUGCCUCCGGCGCACUGUGCACUCGCUCCGCAAGGGCCGGAGGGACGCGCAGCCCGCCCGCGCCUCACCGGUCACUGCCGCUCGCAGCCUCGGAGCCUCUGGCCAUCACCACCUCUCCGAGCCUGCCCCGUCUCCGAUCCUUCUCUUUCCUCCACGCCCUCCCCUACGUCUGUCUGUCGCGCUCGCUCUCCUGAUGUGUGAACAGCUGCUGCUGGUGGUGGUAGUGGUGCAGCUGCUGCUGCCGUUGCUGCUGCUGCUGCUGUCGCUGUCUUUGCUGCUGCUGCCGCCGAGACGGACUGGUUCUGCCCACUUCCGGGUUCAGGCUGGGACGACGCCGACGGCUAAUGACGGGCCGGUGAUGCAAGCCUUGAAGUGGCUGGAGAGAGCCCUCCCUCCGCGCCGCCUCUUCCUCCUCUCCUGGUUGCGACUGGGGAGGGCUGCGGGGUACCCAGGUCGGCAGAGGGGGGAAGGGUUCAAAGCAGCCUUCUUAGGGUCUGAUGCAAUUGCUUUCCUCACCCCCCCCUCACCCCCCCUCCCCGCGCAACGUAAUCUUUUGGGGGAGGAGACCCACGGCUGGAGGAGGUUACAUCUGUUUGCAGCAGGCAGGAUAGAGUGGGUCCAAAGAUCAUAGAAUCAGAGGAUUCGAGCUGGAAGGGACCUUUGAGAUCAUUGAACCCAAGCCCUUACUUUUAUGGGGGAAAACAGGGGGCGGGGGAGACCCAGGGAAGCAUUUGAUCCUCGAGGAGGGAGCAUCCCUAUGCAGGAAAUGAGUACCUCUGGAAAUACGUGAUAAUCCACUUGCAGCAUUUGUGAUUUCGUUGGUGCCUUGUCUCCCUUCACGGAUACAGGACAGAAUCCCUUCAUGCUUUAGACUUUGAGUUGCUGUGACUGGGGGGAAACCACCACCAGGUGGCCAACCUGGAGAUGAGCUUCUCAGACCGGAGCUGGUCCUGAGGCUGUCACAGAAUGAGGGAAUUGGAGAGUUGGAUGGGACCUGAGCGAACAUCCAAGGAUAUGCUGCUAGGAAACCCUUCCUUAGGUCGGGUCCUACUGUGUUUAAGCUUCCCUGGCAGAACCUUCGGGAAUUCGGGAUCACCCUGUGACUGACAUCAAAAGACUUGGCCUCUGCCAUUCUUUGAAAUGUGAUGCCCAAAGCUGUGUAAGCACCUUUGCCACCCAGUCAGAGGAUCCCCCCAAAUCCUACCGUAUAUCCCC